AUGGCACAAGCAUGGAAAAGCGGACUCUUCGAGUGUUUCCAAGAUAUUAAUAUAUGUUUACUUGGUUGGUGUUGUGGUUGUUACUUACAUGGACAGAAUGCUGAAAAACUCGGUGAAGAUACAAAGAUAAAAGCUUGUCUUAAAUAUGGAGGUUUACAAAUGUGCGGUCUCUGCUGUCUUAUUCAUAAGCCUCGCCGACAAAGAAUGCGUACUACUUAUGGUCUUGAAGAAAAACCAAGUGAUUUUCUUGCUACAUGUUGUUGCAGCGGCUGUGCCAAUUGUCAAGAAGCAAGAGAAAUAACUGCACGAGGAGCACCAAGUGGCGGAGCUCGAGCACCAGUAGUAUCUCAACCAGCCAAAAAAUAA